AUGAUGGGCACCGCCUAUGAACAACAUGUCCAGAAAAACAACGAGAGACUGAUCUGCAUUCAGCAAGCGUUGCGAGACCCGCGCACCUUCACCGCAGCCGCCAAGGAGCUAUUGGAAUGGUGCCUGGACCCAAGGGCGUUUCAGGAGCCAUUUGAAGCAAACCUCAUCGCUUGUUUGAACGUCGUCAGCCAGGUGUCCAAGGAGGACGGUUUCGACCUCAACCUCGGCUGUCGUCUUCUAUCCAUUUGCGCAAAUUAUCGCGAAAAGUUCUCUCCUCGUUACACCGGUAAGACUUUUGUUUUGUUUUGCGAUGCUUUGCACGUCUUUGUACGGAAACUUUUAAUCGACUACCACUAGAA